GAAACAUAGAACGAGAGAGAGAGAGAGAGAGAGAGCGAGCGAGCGAGAAGAGACAGCUACGAUAGCGAUACAAUACAAACCCUCCCAACGCCCUCCUGUUAUUUCUUUUUCUUCGUAAUCUUGCAACCCAAAACCCUAAUUUCCUCUUCUUUCGAUUCCAGCCUCGCAAUCUUUAUCCUCUUCAAGGUUCGGUUCCAGAUCGCCGUUGAAGAAGGACCGCGCAAUCGGAUUCUCUUCCCCAGGCUCCUAAAUAAUCACAGAAGGAAGAGCAUGCCAUGCAGGUUUCCCAUUUUUCUUAAGGCCUUUGAUGGACCGGCAAGCUAUUGCAUCCUGAAGCAUCAUUGGGAAGUACCGACAGACAUGAGUUGCUGAAGGAAGAAGAUCCAAAUCUUGUAGCUAAUCCAGCAAUGUAGAAAUAAGUAUGCUGAUUUGAGAGGACCAGAGCACAGAACACAGCUUGUGGAAGGGAUAUCCACCCCUUUAAAGAUUAAUUUGUCCCUAGUAAGACAUUUCCUCUACUGCAGUCCACAUCGGAAAUGAAAUCUUUGGUGGCAUUGACUAAUGAUAAACAACAUGAGCUGGGAAACGAGGGGGACUGGCUGCAGAGAGGUGCCCAUAGAUGGAAUUUAUUGAGAAAACAUCUGAAUCAUUGCGCACUUCAUUGGACUUAAGAUGGUGUCUAAGAUGAACAUUCAGUCACAAAUAAUUAUAUUUCUUUGGUUGUCCACAGAGUGAGAAUUAUAGAUAAUUCUAAAGUUUUCUCAAGUUCUUAAUAAGUGCUUGUUUGGCCUUUGUCCUAAGAAUGUGUUUAUUUUUUUACACACACUGGGAUUUUAUUGAUUCCAAAAGUUUUAUUUUAAGUAUAUAUAUUUUCUCUCUAUCUGAAAAUGCAAGAAAAUUGAGUGCAAGGUGCAAAGUCAGGGGGUGGCUUUACUGCAGUGUGCAGAUGGUACUUUGUUUCUCUGUGACGACUCUAAAGAACGGGUGGAAGUGGAAGUUCUUAAAGAGUUCUGGUAGGGUUUGAGAUGGUAUCAGGAUUGAGAAUUAAUUUGCAGGGAAGUGAAAUCAUGGCAGUAGGGCAGGUGGAUAACUUGCAGGAGUUGGCUGACACUCUUGGGUGCAAGAGUGGAUCCUCACCAUCCAAAUAUCUUGAGCUUCCCUUUGGAGGGAGGUGUAUGUCCAGUUGUCUGUGUGAUCCCAUUUUAGAGAGGCUUGAUGAAACGUUAGCCUUAUGGAGGGCUAAAUACCUGUCAAGGGGGGAGGAGGCGCACUUUUAAUCAGUGUGAGGUGGUUGGGUUUAUUGAGACGAGGAUGAGGGAUUUUUUUUGAGGUGGCUGGAGGAAUGAAGAUCCAUAAAGUAGGUUGGAAGAAGGUUUGCUCUUCUAAAAAGAAAGGGGGAUUAGGUGUGAAGAAAAUCCUUGCUAGGUAAGUGGCUGUGGAAAUUUGGUAACCAUGAAGGUGGGCGAAGGUGGGCUGUGGAAGGAUGUACAGAAGUGAUAUGGACUGGGGUUCAAGGGAGGUGACAUCCAACAAUGGUUGUGCUGUUUGGAAGAGGAAUGGAAAUGCAAGAUCUGAAUUUGAGGAGAGAAUCAAGUAUAGUAUAGGAGAGGGCAAGAAGGUCAGGUUUUGGACUGAUGUUUGGUGCGAGGGCAGACCUUGAAGUAGUGUUUUCCCCAGUUGUUUGAUAUAGCUUCAUGUGAUGCUUAACAAGGUGCAGAUCAACUCAGGCCAAGAGGAUAGUAGCGUUUAGAAGCGGAAUAAGUGAGGAGUGUUUUCUGCUAAAUCUCUAUACAAUCAGAUUGCAGGGGAUUUUUCAACUAUUGGAAUCCAGAGAAAUGUCUCCGUCCUCCAGAUCCAAGUCUAAGUCCUCUUCAAAAUCUGCUAAGGAGCAGCCGAAGGCUUCAUCCAAGCCUUCUACGGCUUCGAGCACAGGGAAUGGAAUUCCAGCAAGUGCAUAUAAUCCAUUAUCAGGGACUUUCCAUACCCUUGAAUCAGCACCUGUUGUUUCCUCUCCACCUCCCCACAGCAAUGGUCGGUUUAGAAACAUAGAUGAGACAGAUGAGCAUUCUGGAAGCUCACUUGGGACUGGGGCCGAGUAUGAUUCUAUUUCAAACAAUGAUAGUUGCUCUGGUGAGUCAGAAGACCAGCAGAAGGAGAAAACAACUAGUGCACCUGUCCGACAGGAAGCAAUACCUGGCUCUGACAAUGACAAACGAGACAAGAUUCGGCAGAAGAAUGAGAGGAAGCACCAGCGUCAGAGGGAGAAGAGGGCCCAGGAGUUGCAUGAGCGGUGCAGUGGCUAUCUCAUGUCCAGGAAACUGGAAGCACUUGCACAACAGCUUGUUGCUAUGGGAUUCUCUUCUGAGCGGGCAACAAUGGCCCUUAUAUUGAAUGAAGGCCGGGUAGAGGAAUCAGUUGCAUGGCUAUUUGAGGGAGGUGAAGAAGCAGCUCAGCAGAAGGAUUCUAACCUUGAUGGUGGGAGUAACCUGAAAAUUGAUAUUUCUGAAGAGCUUGCUCGGAUAGCAGAGAUGGAGGUAAGGUUUAAGUGCACAAAGCAGGAAGUAGAAAGAGUGGUUGUAGCUUGUGAAGGUGAUUUGGAAAAAGCAGCAGAAACCCUGAAGGCACAAAAACAGGAAGCACCUUCUGCUUCACCAAAACCAGAAGAAACUGGUGAUCCCCCGGUGGCCAAUGGUGUUAAGCUUGCAGUUUCUGUCACUCAGAAUCUGGUGAGACAGCAAGCAAAGCCCAUUCCUUCUGUUACAAUACAACAGAGAAGGGAUGAAAGGGAUUUCAAUUACACAAAGGCGGUGCCUACAGUGGUGACAUCUUCAGAACCUGCAAACAAGAACUUGCAGUCAUUGAGGAAGAUUCAGCCAAAGUCAGAGUGGGCGAGGCCACAAGUGGCUACAUCAUCAGAGAAGAGGUGGCCAAGUGCAGGGUCGAGCCCCUCUGUUUCAUAUUCUUUGGCAUCUCCUUUGCAGGUUUCAUCUCCACCAGCAAAGGCUGAAGCUCGGUAUGUGGUUGUUGGUAGUGAGGUUAAGAACCUACAAACAGGAGCAGUGAGAGAACCAGUCAUCAUGAUGCAGCGCCCACAAUCAAUUAAUGCAAAGCCGAACCCAGUCACAAGCAUCAAUCCCUCCCCUCCUGUGAGUGCUGGAUGGUAUUCAAACAGUGUCGCAGGUGUGGAAAUAAUGAAAUCUAGUGGGGGUUUACAGCAUAUUCCAACUACAAGUCUGAGUUCAAGCAAUUUGAGCUCACAACAGUUCUACCAAUCUCAGUAUCAGCCCUUUGCUUCCAGCCCAGUAGAGCCCCGUACAACCAGCUGGGGUGGUUCAUGGAGCACUCUAGGGUCGGCCUCUUCAUCACUUGCUGUGCCAUCUUCUUUGGGGCUUUUCUCUGGCUGGGGUUCAACAGGGGCAUCAGGCUCAAAUUCACCGGUGGACUGGAACACAGGGGGCUCUAUGCCACAAUGUGACUACACCAACAUAGACUGGACAUUGGAGUCAACGUCAUCCUCGAAGCCGAAUGGAUUGUGGUUGGGGCUUGCGUCAUUUAUGAACAACAGCCGAAUGUAUGAUUCGUGGUCGUCAGCAACUUCUGCAGGUGCAAAGCCUGUGAUGAGGUCAGCCACUACUAAUGGUGUCUGCAUUGCGGGCUUGCAGGACGGUGGGGUGGCAGCAACAGAUACAUCAGGGACGUCUUCCGCUGGUUCUCAUGAGUGGACAUCACCUUUUGCGGGGAAGGACCUCUUUAGCCUACCCAGGCAGUUUGUUACUUCCCCUUCUCUUUAGGACGAGGGAAGACUUGGAAAGAUAGAGAAAAGAUAAAAAGACAAACAGAUAAAAAGUGGUUGGAUUUUCUAUUGAUCUUGGUUCUUUCUUAUGAUGCUGAUGGUUGUUGAUGCUUAUCAAAGUGAAAGAAUCUAGUCUUGGGUGAUUGUUUGGUUUCUUUU